GGGCGGACCUUGAACCCCGGGAAUACGCGCGGAGUGAAAACCUACACAGGGCAGUUAGAGCGGAAGUGACGCCAGUUUCACCUGCUCGCCCUGGUGCGGAUUGGGAGAGGGAAAAGGAGAGGACAGAAGCACGGAGGUAUUGGUGAGCGGGGCUGGGAGCGAGACCCAUCAGGAAAGCUGCGGAGGGGAACCGGAGCGCAGACCCAGGGGAGUCCCCUCGCCAUGAAGCUCCUGUUGUGCUUUGCGCUCCUGUGCUGGACAGCGGACAUGACUAGAAGUGUGACUAUAACCACUACUGAAGAAUCCUUUGAAAAAGCCAAGGGUGAAACAGUUCAUUUCCCUUGCAAAUUUACAGUUAGCCCAGAAGACCAAGAACCAUUACACAUUGAAUGGAUUAAAUCACCCCCUGAUAACCAAAGGGUUGAUGAAGAGAUAAUUGUAUAUUUUGGAGGCAACAUUUAUGAUAAAUACUCUAAAAAUCUGAAAGGACGCGUUUAUUUUACAAGCAGUGAUCCCAGAUUAGGUGAUGCAUCAAUUAACAUAACUGAUAUACAGUUAUCCGAUAUGGGCACAUAUCAAUGCAAAGUGAAAAAACUUCCUGGUAUUGCAAACAAAAAAAUUCAGCUUUCUGUGCUUGUUAAGCCUUCAGGAACAAAAUGUUAUCUUGAUGGAUCAUCAGAGAUUGGCAGUGACUUUAAACUAAGAUGUGAAUCAGAAGGUUCACUUCCUUUAUACUAUGAAUGGCAAAAAUUUCCCAACACAGAGAAAUUUCCUCCUGUGUCAUUAUCAGAUCUCAACCCAGCUAUUAUUUCUGUACGAAAUGCCACUCCAGAAUAUUCUGGCACAUACAGCUGUACAGUUAAAAACCGAGUUGGUUUUGAUAAAUGCAUUUUGACGGUGACUGUCAUUCCUCCUUCAAACACUGCUGGUACAAUUGCUGGAGCUAUUGUAGGAACUUUGUGUGGUCUGUUGCUACUGGGUCUUCUAAUCUUUUGCUGCUGUAAAAAACGCAAGGAGGAAAAAUAUGAAAAAGAAGUUCACCAUGAUAUCAGAGAAGACGUUCCUCCUCCAAAGAGCCGUACAUCUACAGCCAGAAGCUACAUUGGUAGCAAUCAUUCAUCUCUGGGAUCAAUGUCUCCUUCCAACAUAGAAGGCUAUUCCAAAGCUCAGUAUAACCAAGUACCAAGUGAAGACUUUGAUCGUACUCCACAGAGCCCAAGUUUUCCACCAGCUAAAGUAGCAGCAUCUAAUCUAAGCAGAAUGGGAGCUAUUCCUGUGAUGAUACCAGCACAAAGCAAAGAUGGGUCAAUCGUAUAAAAACGUCUCAAACUGUUUCUUGAGACUUUUUUCUUCUCUGGAAAUAAGAAAAAGCUGCCAAUCUAAAAAUUGCUUUUGAAGAAAUAGAAUAAUCCAACUUGAACUAAUAAAAAAGAUGAUCAAGAAACUUGUUUAGUUGACAAGAGUUUGAAUCCUACAUCAGACUCUUAAAAACUGCAACCAAGUCAUUUAACCUCUUUUUUUAGCCUAUUUUCCCCAUCUGUUUCAUAGGGUUGUUGUGAGGAACAAAUGCUACAUAUGUAAAGUGCUUUGUGAAUUUUAGGGUAUUAUAUAAAUACUAGCUAAUAUUAAUUUAAAGAAGGAUCUGAUCGAAUCUCUUGGGAAAGGGGAGGGGAUUUCUUAGGUUCCUUUAGAAACAACAGAUUUCAGUGAUAUUUAAUGUCUUCUGUUUUAUUUGUAUACCAAGAAAAGGAAGAUUCCCUGUUACUAUUACUGUUUCUCAGCCAUCUGUAGCAAACUAUAUAAGCCCUACAGAAAUUUGAAGAUAAUGGCAAAAAUAACUAAACUAAUUUAAAAUUAUAAAAUUACUAUUUUUGGAAUUAAUUUGAUGGAAAGAUGUGUCUUAAGCAUCUUAUUGUAUGAAUAUCAGCUAUUACUAAUAAUUAGCUGAGUUUGGUCAUCUAAUUAAUUUGGUAAAAUGAUUUCUUUAAAUGUUUCAACACAAGGAAACUACAAAAGAGUAGCAAUUAUUUUUUGCCUUCUGGCUAUAUUUAGCAAUAAAGGAGCAGCUGGCAGAUUCUUCUCGGGCACUGUUCUUUUUAAAGAAGUCACAUAUUUGGCAAUAGUUUUUAUUAAGAAGUCAUUCACUUAAUUACCUAGUCUACCUCAUGUGGCCGGUAACAAAGACUUCAUCCACAGUGGGCAGGACUGCAAAUUAGGGAAUUCAGUGUGUUAAGGAACAUGGCUUGUUGCUUUUUAAGCUUCCUAGCCCAGACUGAUUGAAUGGGAUUGUACUUGUAUAUUUUCAUUUUACUGCUUCAGGCUGUGUUUAUGUGAAUUAAAUAAUUAAUGUUAAUUUUUUAAAAAAUACAGUUAUAGAACAAGUUUGCCAGACCUACAUAAGGGUUUGGUUUUUGUUUUUCUGGAACAUUUUUCUCCCCAGAAAUGUGUACACCCAUAUUUAUCUUUUUGAAAAUCAAAUUUCUGAAAGAAACAAUUUUUUCAAACCACCAGAAAGUUUACUUUUAAAAGAAUGAAUCUUUUCUUUCCACAAUUGUUGUAAAUUAGUACUUAUGACUUGUGUGUUUAUUAUCUUGCAGAAGUAGUUUUGUAUGAUACUCAUAGAGAAGCUGAGGUUUGGGAAGAUUUCCUUCUUAGUUUUGUGAAAAUUAAUAAUUUUUAACAAACUUACGAAAAACAGUAUUUUUAACACCUGUAUCUUAGAAACAAGAAAACUAAUUUUAUCAAAAAAUAACACCUAUUGCUUUUUUCCUUAAGAUUUUAAUGACUAUGGUAGAAGAACUUCAUUUCUUUAGCAAAUAAGAUCUGCUUUUAAAACUCCAAUGCUUUUUUCUCCUUAGAUUUUUGUAAGAACUUAAUUCUUGAUAAACUGCUUGAGUGCUUUGGUUGUAAAUACCACACAUAAAUAAAAGUUGUUGUGAACCUAGAAUUAUGUAUUAUAUCCUGUGUAAAACUAAAUGGCUGUAAUGUUUAAGUUUUUUGUAUACGUAUGGUUUUUUACCAUACCCUGUUAGAGCUAAAAGAAAUUUUCAUCUGUGCCUUUACAGUAAACUCCUAUUUAUCAAGCAUUUUUGUGCCCAUGAACUAUCACAUGAAAGGUGCUUUAGGGGUGAAGGUACUGUUUGUUUUUUAAGUACAUCACUGUGAUACCUUUCUACUUUGCUUUUUAAUACUGCCUUUUUUCAAUGUGUUCUUUUUGAAUAUUGCUUAAAUGUAUUAAGGGAAUUAGUUUUUGAUAUUGUUGCAUUUCAAAUACCCAGUGCUAUUUUCUCAUGGUUCUGGCUCCUGUGUUCUUAGCUAGACAGCUAGACUGCUAGACGUUUAGGAUUUAUUUUUACAAUAAUGAAAUUAAUGUUAAGAAAUUUAUUAUGAAACAAUACUUUUAAGAUUUGAUCUUUGUUUUUUGCUAAGGAGCUGUCUAAACAUUUGAUAGACAUCACCUUAGGUGUUACAUAUGAAUGAUAUGGUUGAUCAGCUCUUCCUGGGAAGGUUUUUGAUUUUCAACUUAAAUAAAAUACUAGAUCUAACCUGAGGAAUUAGAAUUCAAAAUUUGUAAAAUAUUUUUCAUUGUAUGCUCUUUUAAAGAUUUUUUUAAACAAGAACAGACAAUAAUUUAUGCCUAUUUACUAUGACCAUUCUAUUCUGUCUUUUGCUGAAAUUUCACUCCAUAAUUCAAAUCAGUUUUGUUAUUUAAAAUUCAAUCUUGUAAACUUAGAAUUUACAAAUGAAAAAAAGAUAUUUAUUAUAUUUGAGAAAAAUCUACCAGUUGAUGGGUCUCAAAUUGGCAUAUCCUUUCACAAGUAACAAAAAUUUCCAGAUUUCUUUUGUGUUUGCAUGGGUACAAAUUUAAAGUAUCAUUUUAAAUUGUGCAGAUCACAUAUUUAAAAGCUAUAAUGCAGUGUGAAUAAAAAAGUUGUAUGUAGUUGGGAUUUUUUUAAUGUUAGUCAAAGAAAACUUGUAGCAUGUUUAAAUAAGUUGGCAUAAUUUUAACUUUUUUUCUAUGGCUUACAGAAAUGUAUAUUUACCUUCUCUGUAUUCAUACAUUCCUUCUAUGUAGUACCAUAAUGAAAUAUUUGGGGCAAACUUUAAAUCUAAAAAGAAAAAAAGCUCCAAUUAAGCCAGCAUCUCACGAUAGAAUAUAUUACAGCAAUAAUAACAAACUGUAGGUUUGUACUAUGUGAGUUUAGAAGAAUGAUCAAUAAAUUUAAGCUUUUGUUUAAACUGG